AUGGAACGAUCUGAAGAAUCCGGCAUCAGAAUCUAUACACCGUCCCCACAAAUCAACCGUGAUCCGCCAUCACCGCCUUCUCAAUCCACACUCUCUCCACCACUCUCCGCUGCAAAUGGUGGUGGAAGGAAAAAACUCCAGCAAACACUCACAAAAGGAGUCCAGAAAACACUCUCCAAGACCUCGAUGCUCGUAAACUUCCUCCCCACCGGAACUCUCCUAACGUUCGAAAUGGUCCUCCCCUCCAUUUACGGCAAAGGCCGCUGCUUGGCCGUCGCCACCCUCAUGAUCAACAUCCUACUCGCCAUUUGCACAUUCUCCUGCUUCUUCUUCCACUUCACAGACAGUUUCCGUGCGCCUGACGGGAAGAUUUACUAUGGAUUCGUGACGCCAUCGGGAUUGAAAGUGUUUAAGCCGACUUUAACAGUCGAAGUGCCGAAAGACGAUCGGUAUAAAGUCGGAAUCACGGACUUCAUACACGCAAUGAUGUCUUCCAUGGUGUUCAUGGCAAUCGCGUUCUCGGACCAUCGGGUUACGUAUUGCUUGUUCCCGGAGCAUGCGAAGGAAAUGGAUGAAGUGAUGCAGAGUUUCCCGUUGAUGGUUGGGAUCGUUUGUAGUGGUUUGUUUCUUGUGUUUCCUAACACCCGAUACGGGAUCGGAUGUUUGUCAGCCUAACGAUAUUCUGGUAUGUAAGACCGUAAAACAGUAAUGCUGUAACUAUUUGUAUCUUGUGCAGUAAAAGUGGUACAUAUUUUCUCGAAAAAUAGCAUACAGGAAGAGCAUUAUGGUGCAUGCUCUCUAUACAUCAACCUCUCCAGUUACAUAUAUAAUCAUACAAAAACAUCGAUCAAUGGUCGUUAAAAUAUCUGUAUCUAUCUACGUAUCUAUAUGUAUAGCUAAACAAAAUACCUAGCUACACUGAUACAACACUGGUGUUAC